AUGGUUUUAGCAAUCAAUUUGACUGAAGGAGGAAGGCAGACAAUCGCCAUCCUCCUCGUCAUCCUUCACACCAUCACUCUCUUAGGCGCAGUAGGACUCUGCACUGUGGGAUUCUUUCUCCGUUUCACUCUCCAGACUAAAGUCAGUUUAGUCGAAGGAUACGACGGCAACGUCCUUCCCAUCGUCCUCAUGGUCGUCGGAGGACUCACCGCAUUGGUUAACCUCGCCGGCAGCAAGGUCGCUUUCGACGUCGGGAACCCCGUGAAUAGAAAACAGCUUCGCAGUCUGCUGAUGGUGAUCCUUGUGCUUCUCAUUGUCGUUCUCAUCGCCUUGCUCACAGCGGGAAGCAUGUGUUUUGCUCAUCGACACCAUCUUUCGAGGUCUUUUCAUAAUGGCCUCAUCAAGGCGAUGGGGAAAUACCACGAAGACAGCACUCUGAAAUAUGACAUCGACAUGCUUCAAAUUAAAAAUACAUGCUGUGGUAAUAAUGGAUAUGAAGACUGGUUCGAUGUUCAGUGGAUUAGCAACAAUUUCUUGGAUAUCUCCAACAGCAAAAUACAGAGUAAGAUGACGACGGGCAAUUAUUUAACCGAUGAUGUUCCGUUCUCGUGCUGUCGACCGAAAUCACCACGCCCUUGCAUCCACCAUCAAGUUCAGGAUAACGACAUCCACUACAACUACGACUACCAGACCGACCUCACCCUUCACCCUGUUGGUUGCAAGGAACAGCUUAUGGAGUACUUUGGAUCGAAAUUCAACCAGCUGGGAGCAGCAUCGUUUGGUUUGCUAGGAGUACAGGUGUUGGCUCUUCUGCUUGCCCGUUACCUUCAGACCUCAAUAGCUGGUGCCAUAGCCGAGGGAGACCCGGAGGCGCCUACACCAGGAUUCCUAUGCCCAGGGGGAGACGGACCACCUCCACCGCCAAAAGGGGACGGCCCAAAACCGAAGAAAGGUGGUGGAGAUGUUCCUUUUGGAAAAGAUAAAGGUGGCCUAGGAGGAUCCAUGGAAGAUUUUGAAGAUCAUGACUUGGAUGCUGAAGAAGGGUACGACACUUUACUAGAUGAUUCGACAUUUGAUGAAGAAUUUGAUGAGCCCGUCACUGCGUAUGCCUCUAAUCAGACAAAAAGCUACAAUCCAUAUGAGAACGAUGGUCAGUACGGGAGUGAGCCAAUCUACGAAAACAUUAAGCCGUACGAGAGUGAACCAAUCUACGAAAACAUUAAUCAGUACGAGAAUGAACCAAUCUACGAAAACAUUAAUCAGUACGAAAGUGAGUCCCCUUACGAAGAACCGAUUCGCCGCGACGAAGAACAUAUCUAUGACGACAUUCCAGCUUAUGUCCCCACGGCAGAGGAAGAUCUUUAUGAGAAUAUUCCAGCAUAUGCCCCUCCACCAAUAGACGACUUUUAUGACAACAUGCAAGCAUAUGCUCCAGGGGGCAUGGCGGAUCUUUAUAAUACAGCUCCUGAUGCGCCGUUGCCUCCUAUGCUUCCAAGUGGUCCACCAGAUGCUCCGAUGCCUCCUGCACUUCCAAGUGGUCCUCCACCGAAAAGACCUGGCGGUCCUCCACCAAAGAGACCAGAAGGCCCUCCACCUCAACGGCCCAAAGGAGCUCCUCCGUCACGCCCAGCUACAGGUCCGCCCAAAAGACCAGACGGCCCACCACCUAGCAAGAAAGCUUCUCCAAAGAAACAAGCACCUCCUAGACCCAGCAAACCACCAUCGCAAUCAUCUCCGGGUGGAAAAACGAAGGCAGGCAAAAAGGGUCCUCCGAGACCUGACAAACCUCCAUCAAAGAAAACUGGAAGCAAGCAACCAAAAACUAGUACCCCUAAAAAGUCAGCACCAAAACAGAGCCCAAAGAAAAGUGUGAAAUCAUCUCCAAAACGAGGGGGAAGUGCCAGCCCGAGCAAGAAGAAAGUAAGUGCCAAAACGAAGCAGACUAAAUCCGCUUCAACGAGAAAGUCCAAGGCAAGUCCUAAAUCGAGAAGCCCCACCAAGUCUAGGACAAGCCCUAAAUCGAAAUCUGUAAAGCGAAAACCAAUGAAGAGUCCAAAGAGGAGCCCCCAGAGAAGUCCCAAGAGAAGUCCCAAGAGAAGUCCCAAGAGAAGUCCUAAGAGAAGCCCAACGAAAAGCAUGAAAAGUAGGCCAAAAUCCAUGGGAAAAACCAAAAGUGCCCCCAAAUGGAAGAAAGGUACAGCAAAGGCGGGGAAAGGUAGGUCACCUGUAAAACGAGGUGGUACCAAGAUGAAACGGUCGAGGAACAAAAAUAAUAAUAUUGUUGAAUCUAGUGAAAGCGAAACGUCGUAUAGCGGCAGUUCAGAUACCGAGGAAACCAUAUCGUCAACGUCAUCAUCGGAGAGCAGCUCUCUUGAUUUGGAAACUGGUUCUAUUUCCGGAGACUCGGACGAAUGGGAUACAAGUAUAUCCUCAGAUACACCACUAUUACGAUGA